GAAUUAAUUUGUCUGCCGUCGACAAACUGCGAUAUUUGUCAUCUCCGUCCUCCCUCAUAGUGGACAAAUUGACGACAAAUCAUUAAUCCUCCUCGUCCCAACCAUCCCUUCCUGCGCCAACAUCUGCCGAAUCACACAACACGCCUUCUGUUUUGAUUACAAUACACAACCAUGAGCACGAAUCCUGCUAGUGGGAGCACCAGCACCAGCAGGGCGGAUGCGAAUGCGGGUACCACAAGUGCAGAUGCUCCCACGAAGCGACGGCCCGGUCGUCCUCGCAUGAAGGACAGCCUGCCCGCGGAUCCCAACGACAAUUCGCGACGAUCUCGAAUGCGGCUCGCCCAGCGGUCCUACCGCAGCCGCAAGGAGAAUGAGCUCGCGACGACAAGGGCCCGGGCCGACGCCCUGCAGAGGGCCCUCAACAGCUCGCUGGACGAGUUCAUCCGCUUCCACGAGCUGUCGUCAGGGAAGGAGAAGGACCUGCCGUCCGACUUUGUGCUGCAGCUCAACCGGACGGCCAUGAACAUCAUGGCCAUUGCCCGCAGCGCGCAGGCGGACCAUUGGCCGGCGCUGGACCACGCGGACCGGCUGCUGGCGGCGUCGACGGGCGACGAUAAUUACGCCUCCUCAUACCACGGUAAGGAUAACAAGAACAACAAGAGCACUGCCGGCGAAAAGAACAAGAGCACUGCCGGCGAAAAGAACAAGAGCACUGCCGGCGAAGACGACGGCUCCUCCACAUACAUCCUGCGGGAUGGACUCCCGGCGGCGUCGUCGUCUUGGGGGAACGCCUCCUCCUCCUCCUCCUCCUCAUAUGCCCCCCCUGAGCGUCACAACCCGCUGCGGCCCAAGCCCGUCACCAUCUCGCAGCGCCUGAUGCGGGCCUGCGUCGACCGCGCCGCCUCCAUGCUGCACCUGACCUCGUCGCCCGUCAUGUGCCUGCUGCCAGCAAUGCUGCUGCCCCUUCAGCACGACCGCCGCGACAACCUGCUCUCGCGCACGAUGCGCUACCUAAGCAUCACCCACGACGACGCCGCCGCCCUGACGCUCGACGCCGAGCACAGCCUCCAGGCGACGCGGCGCCUCCCGCGGAUGCUGCGCACGGUCGAGGGCCAGGGGAGCAGCAGCAGCAGCAGCAGCAGCAGCAGCACGACAAUGGUCCCGCGCGCGCCGCCGCCGAACCUGCAGCGGCUGCAGUUUGGGCGCACCCGGACGGUGCUGGCGACGGCGCUGCCGGACCUGCAGGGCGAGUGGCUGGAGGCGUCGGACGUCGAGGAGUAUCUCGAGCAGCGCGGCAUCUUCAUCCGGCAGGACGCGCCAGACGCUGACAUGCUGAAUCUAGCCAUCCCCGUCGUCGACGUCGACAGCGGCGCCGGCCUGUCCCUGCAGGCGACGGACCUCAACGACGUCAACCGCCAGAACCCCGUCCGCAUGGUCCGCGGCCACCCGCACUUUGUCGAGUCAGCCGCCGUCAUGCCCAUCCCUACUGCUGCUCCUCCGUUUCCUCACCAUCGCUAUCACCAACAUCAGCAGUUGCAGCAGCAGCAGCAGCAGCAGCAGCAGGGCCUGCCACCAAUGUCCAUGCAACAGUCGCUCGACAGCAACUUCGCCGUCAACCCGGACUACGCCAUCUUUGGGCAGCAGCGCGACAUCCAGGUGGUUCCCUCGGGGCUGCGCAUGUUUACGCCCACGGCCUGGAGCUUCGACGAUUCCGCCAACAUCAUACCCAUGGACAUGGCCAUGCGUAACAACAACCAACCCAACAACAGCAGCAGCAGCAGCAGCAGCAACAGCAACAACAACAACAACAACCACAGCCCGGACCACAUCAACAUCAUGGUCAACCUGGACAACCUCAUCGUCAAGCUGGCGUCAAAGGCCGUAUGCCUGGGGCCGUGCCCGGGGAUUCGGAGGGGGCAUGUUGACGAGGCGAUUCGGGACUCGGUGGUGCAGAUGCCGCCCAUGUAGAUGUGCU